GAACUGGAGAGACAGCUGCAACCUGCCCUAGCCUGACCCCACUUUGCACUCGUCAACCACAUCGACUGCAUACACCACCUCCUGGAACUUCCAGGCUUCACACUCGUCGCCUUAUCUUCUUUACACCCACCCGCUGGCGGCUAUCCCUCCAUUUUCUCGCCAGUUUUCUUUGAACUUCCUUCUCCACCACUCCUUCUCGAUCAUCUCAACAAAACCUUUAGCCACUUCAUGAUACGGUAUCAACUGCCGCCCUGCGCUCUAAUUGCCCCUCCCGAAAUCCUCCGUCCACCUGUUCGCCUCGUUCUGGUGCCGCCGCUGUUCCUGCAUCCGGCCUAAAGCUAUAACACGCCCGCUUUCAACCUGACCCAGUGUGGUCUAUGCCAGCUGCGCGGCCUCGAACCAUCCAACAGUCAUGAAUCACACAGGCAUGGAGGAGGAGGAGGACAGAGUCGUCGUCAGGCUCUCCAUCGUGACUCCUAACGAUAUCUCGUUCCCAGAGAGACGAAUCGUCCUGACCAAGUCCCGCCCUUUGGUAAGGAUCGGCCGGUCUAGUAAUCGUCCCUACCUCGAUAUCCAGUGUGCUGUUGACAACGGCUGGUUCGACUCUCCCGUCAUGAGCAGACAUCACGCUGAGAUCAAGGCCGAAUUUCGCAACAAGGCUAUAACAAUUCGGGACUCAAGCUCCAUGCACGGCACUUACCUGAAUAACGUCAAGAUAUGCUCCGAAAGGACGCUGCGCGCUAACGACCAGCUCCUCUUCGGCGUGCCUGUAUAUCGCAACGAGCGGACCUUCCAGCCGGCUACCAUGAAGGUGAAUUCAGUGGCAUUCAUCGAUGCUGAUCGGCCUACUACCUCUCCCAACCGUGUGUUCACAGUCCCUGAUGACUGUUCGACCGACGACAAUGAGCUUCUCGAUGAGUCUAUGGACGAGCCGCUGCCGAACUGUAGCGUUGGUCCGGCCAACAAUCACAACGAGAAGGACGUAUCGCACCCGGAGCCUUCCGACAUCCGUCAGACAUCGAUCCCUCAAGUCGAUGGGGCCAUAGAUCUUAUCUCUGAUGCGGAAUCUGCUCACGGAGCCGGCUCGGAAAGCUACGAGGAAUCAAUCCUUCUUUCAGACGAUGAUAUCAUGUGCUCUGAGGCGGAAGGCUCACUAGAGUCUCUCGAUCUCAGCGACAUCUCUGAACACCGGGUGGAAGAAGCCAUAUCGGCCUAUAGGCACACGUUCUCGCCAGAUUCGGCAGGAGAGCUCACAGACGGCGAUUCUGACGACCACUCGUCUCUUUCCGGGAACGAAGCGGAAGGCGUCUUUCUAUACGAUACAGAUUCAGAUGAUAUGAAUGCUGUAGAGCCGUCCGACAUGACACGCUUGUCUGAACAUCCUGGAGAGCCUCGUGAGCCAUCCUCACUCCACCCACUUUAUUCCCAGGCCCCUGAUUCUACGGUUCACCGUCUUCCUUCUCUGAACACGAUGUUCCCACCCGGAGAAUGGGACUCCAUCCCAAGGACGGAGCCUUUCAGCGGUAUCACGGCGCCAGUGGUCACGCAUGAAGUGGAUAUGCUCGGCGCCGGCCCUCGGGCUCCCAGUCCGUCUGAUGCAGCUCUCCCCCACGGCCCUCGCCGUACGGGUGUAGCCAGCAACAACCCUCAGGGACUCUCCAGUCUCGUUGAGAAGGGCCGAGCCGAGGCAUCUGAUGAAGGCAUUUCAGCCGCGACCAUGGGCCAGAAGAGCGGGAAGCCAAUCUUCUUCGAAGCCAGGGAGCAUAACAAGCUGGCCAUUGCCCGCAUCACGGACCAAGCUUCAGCACCUGAGCCUACUUCUCCCGUGUCUAUGAUCCAAUCCUCCACGUCCAAUCGCGAGACGUCUUGUGUCGAUAAAUCAGCAGGUAGUGAGGCCCAGCCGUUGGCACGCAUUCCGAUGCCCCCCUCCCUCCCACACAACCACGCGGUUGAGGACGAACGUGGCGAAGCUUCCAUGGCGAACCAUCGAAACUCAGCUGCAUCAUGGGCUGAUUACGAUCCAUAUGGUUUUGAGCCUGCCUCCGCGUACGAACUACAUCUAUUGAAACUACGAAGGAACGAGCAGGCCAGUGACGCUCCAUCGAUCGUCCCGAACCAAGACGUCCAAGCGGACACUGUCCCGAUAUCGGGGGACCUGCAUCAGGAUUACGGUCUGGAUAAGGAGGAUGAAGCGAGCAAGCAGAAAGACAACAAGGGGAAGCGGAAGGCGGCUGAGAUAUCCGAGCUGAGUGAGGCCGACCUUGCCUGGGCUCGACGUACCCUGAUGCCGGAGACUAUCAACGAGUCCCAGGUCAACGAAGUGCCUCGCACACCCCCACCGCGCCCAACUCUUUUCCAAUCUCCUCUUCCUUCCCCUCCUACAACCCCAGGAGAGACUGGCCAAGUGGAAGCGAGGCCGGCGAAGAGGAUGAGGAAGUUCGCCGAACGGGUUGGUUAUGCCGCACUUGGUGGUGCCACAGUCGGUGCUGUGGUUCUGACGUCACUCAUUUACACUGCCCCCACGUUUGUCUAAGGAGCUAUUUAGUCUUCACACUACCUACCUUCUUUACAGUUCUUGUCUGCCGCGGUGUUUGCCGAGCAGAGUGAUUAGGGGGUCGGCGUCAGGAGGGAUAAUGAUGACCUUUUCUCCUUUUUUCCCUUUUGUGCUGCUGGAAUGGAGGGUCUAACGAUGCAGCCGUCCAACAAUCGAUCUUCCUUGUUUUACGGGAUACUUUUAUCUGCUAGGCUUGUCCGUUUUUGAAUUUUCGAUGGACUGAGAUUGGAGGACAGGGGCUUCGUCCAUUACAUUUCAUGAGGCGAGGACACCCUCGACUCUACCACCGACCGGUCACGAAAUCACUCGAUAGAUAUCCUUUUCAAUACAACGAUGCUAUUUAAACCAGG